CUUGGUGGUGGAGACCAGAGUCUAAGUGCUAAGGAUAGUGUUGGACUUCACCCGAGAGAUAUAGAUGCCUUUUGGCUACAGAGAAACCUGAGUAAAUAUUACCCAGAUGAUCCAACCAUGGCACAGUCAAAAUCUAAAGAAGUUCUACAAAUUCUCCAGGCAUCUGGUGAUGACAGGGAGGCAGAGAAUCAGUUGGUCAUGUUACUGGGAGUUGAUGCAUUUGCCUUUAUCAAAGUUUUGAGGCAGUAUAGACAGAUGAUCCUAUACUGUACACUACUGGCUCAAGCUCAGAAUGAGAAAGAAAAAGUUGACAUAGAGGAGAAGAUGGAGAGUGAACCAGAAUUACUGAAGAUUUUACAGGCUCUACAAGCUAUAGAUAAAGAAGAUAUCGUAUCUGAAGAGAGGUCACGUCGAGACCAGGCAAGGAAAAGCCGCGUCGCAGCAGAUAUUGAGGCCAUGGAUACCGACGAUACACAGGAGCUUGGAUAUGUCAGCAAUCUUGAUCUUGAGGACUUGUCAUUCACUCAUGGCAGUCAUUUGAUGGCCAACAAGAAGUGUCAGCUACCAGAUGGAUCAUUUAGAAAACAGAGGAAAGGGUAUGAGGAGGUGCAUGUACCUGCUCUAAAACCACAACCGUUUGACUCGGACGAGUCAUUGGUGAAUAUAGACAGGCUACCAAAAUAUGCUCAGCCAGCUUUUGAAGGGUUCCAAACAUUGAACAGAAUACAGAGUCGCUUGUUUAAAGCAGCAAUGGAAACAGAUCAAAAUCUCCUCCUUUGUGCCCCAACAGGAGCAGGUAAAACAAAUGUUGCAUUGUUGACCAUGUUACGAGAGAUUGGUAAGCAUGUGAAUCCUGAUGGUACGAUCAACGGAGAUGAGUUUAAGAUAGUCUAUGUGGCACCCAUGAAAUCACUUGUACAGGAAAUGGUUGGCGGAUUUGGAAUGAGAUUGAAGUCCUAUGGUAUCAAAGUAGAGGAGUUGACAGGUGAUUCUCAAGUGACAAAGGAACAGAUAAAUGCCACUCAGAUUAUUGUUUGUACACCAGAGAAAUGGGAUAUCAUUACAAGAAAAGGAGGGGAGAGAACUUAUACACAACUUGUCAGACUUAUGAUCUUUGAUGAGGUGCAUUUAUUGCACGAUGAAAGAGGACCAGUUUUAGAAUCUCUUGUUGCCAGAACGAUAAGAAACAUUGAAACUACCCAAGAGGAUGUCCGGCUUGUUGGCCUCAGUGCUACUCUGCCUAAUUAUGAAGACGUGGCCACGUUUCUACGUGUCGAGCCAUCUGAGGGCUUGUUCUUCUUUGACAACAGUUUCAGACCUGUACCGUUAGAACAGCAGUUUAUUGGUAUAACUGAGAAGAAACCAGUGAAGAGAUUUCAGAUUAUGAACGAGAUUGUCUACGAGAAGGUUAUGGAGCAUGCUGGGAAAAAUCAGGUUUUGGUAUUUGUACAUUCGAGAAAGGAAACAGGAAAGACAGCUCGUGCAAUACGAGACAUGUGCCUGGAGAAAGAUACACUGGGUCUCUUCCUGAAGGAAGGAUCAAUAUCAACAGAAGUUUUACGUACAGAAUCGGAACAUGUGAAGAAUUUGGAGCUGAAAGAUCUACUACCAUAUGGCUUUGCUAUACAUCAUGCUGGCAUGAAUAAAGUUGAUCGAGCCCUGGUAGAGGAUUUGUUCACAGACAGACAUAUACAAGUGUUAGUGUCAACAUCAACUCUCGCCUGGGGUGUCAAUCUACCCGCACAUACUGUCAUUAUUAAAGGGACACAAAUAUACAGUCCAGAGAAGGGAAGAUGGGUGGAGUUAAGUGCCCUUGAUGUCAUGCAGAUGUUAGGACGUGCUGGAAGACCUCAGUAUGACACUAAAGGAGAAGGUAUCAUGUUGACCAAUCACAGUGAGCUUCAGUAUUAUUUGUCAUUGAUGAAUCAACAGUUACCAAUUGAAAGUCAGUUUAUCGGCAAAAUGGCUGAUAACCUUAACGCGGAGGUGGUCCUCGGCACUGUACAGAAUGUCAAAGAAGCAGUUGAUUGGCUAGGUUACACAUACCUUUAUAUUCGAAUGUUACGUCAGCCGACCUUGUACGGAGUUAGUCACGACCAGAUCAAAGACGAUCCAUUGCUGCAUCAACGUCGGAAAGAUCUGAUUCAUUCAGCAGCUUGUCUUCUUGAUAAACACAACCUCGUCAAGUAUGACAAAAAGACGGGCAGUUUCCAGGUGACAGAGUUGGGACGUAUUGCGAGCCACUUUUACCUUACACACGAGACAAUAGCCACAUACAAUCAGCUUUUGAAACCUACACUUAGUGAAAUAGAACUAUUCCGAGUGUUCUCUCUGUCAUCAGAGUUUAAAUAUAUCACAGUUAGAGAGGAAGAGAAGUUGGAACUGUUGAAGUUGCUGGAAAGAGUUCCUAUACCAAUCAAAGAGAGUAUUGAAGAACCAAGUGCUAAAGUCAAUGUACUGUUACAGGCUUAUAUCUCACAGUUAAAGUUGGAGGGUUUCGCGCUUAUGGCAGACAUGGUAUAUGUGACCCAGUCUGCUAGUCGGCUAAUGCGAGCCGUGUUUGAGAUUGUGUUACAUAGAGGAUGGGCACAGCUUACUGACAAGGCUCUAGCACUCUGUAAAAUGGUUGAUAAACGAAUGUGGCAGUCAAUGACCCCGUUACGGCAGUUCAAGUUCAAGAAAGUUCACGAGAAAGAGGAAGUAGUAAAGAGAAUUGAGAAGAAGAAUUUACCGUUUGAGAGACUUUAUGAUCUGAAUCAUAACGAGAUCGGAGAACUCAUUAAGAUGCCAAAGUUCGGCAAGAAUGUUCACAAGUUUAUUCAUCAGUUCCCAAAACUCGAGCUUUCUGUGCACAUUCUACCAAUUACAAGAUCAACAUUGAGAGUAGAGUUGACUAUAACACCAGAUUUCCAGUGGGACGAGAAGGUUCAUGGUACGUCAGAGGCUUUCUGGAUCCUUGUGGAGGACGUGGACAGUGAAGUGAUCCUGCACCACGAAUACUUCCUUCUCAAAGAUAAGUUUGCACAGGAUGAGCAUUAUGUGAAGUUUUUUGUACCAGUGUUUGAGCCUCUGCCCCCUCAGUACUUCAUCAGAGUUGUGUCUGACAGGUGGAUAGGUGCAGAGACGUUGCUGCCGGUCUCAUUCCGACACUUGAUCUUACCAGAGAAGUAUCCACCACCGACAGAGUUACUGGACUUGCAGCCACUGCCAGUGUCAGCUUUGAGAAAUCCAAACUUUGAAUCUCUCUACAGCGAGAAGUUUCCAUUCUUCAACCCAAUUCAGACGCAAGUAUUUAACGCCAUUUACAACAGUGAUGACAAUGUGUUUGUUGGGGCACCAACAGGGAGUGGUAAAACAAUUUGUGCAGAAUUUGCUGUUCUUAGAAUGUUCUCACAAAAUGCAGAUGGUAGAUGUGUUUUUGUAACACCACUGGAACCCCUAGCCCAACAGAUGUACACAGAUUGGUACAGUAAGUUUGGACUGCAGCUUGGAAAAAAAGUGGUUGUUCUAACUGGUGAAACUGGCACUGAUUUGAAACUACU